UUAAAGUUACUUCUUUUUCAAUGGAGUGCGGGGCUCCGAUUGGGAGCAAUAGGUGCAAUCUCCCCCUGGGAGUUGGUGCCAUAGGCAGACUGCGUAGUCUGUGUAUAGGGAGCGGCAGCACUGAAAGCAGCCCUGACAGAAGCUCAGUACCCGCAGAGCAAUGGAGUUACUUGUACACAGCUCUAUACCCGCCUCCGCCCCCACCAAACCCCUUCUCUCUCUCUCUCUCUCCCUGGCUCCCACUAAACGUGUUACGGUACCGCCAUAGCGGGUUCGCUUAUCCCGGAAUAAACCAUACGCACAGUUAUUCACUUGUUACCUGGGAGGGCCGGGAGCCGUAAUGUUACAAGAAGCACACUCCGGCAGGUUGGUUUGUCCCGCCCAACUGCCCCCUCUCCUCCCCCCGCCCUGUCAGCGCCUCCCUGUCCCACAUCGCUUCCAUCCCAGAGCCCUGUUCCUUUCCCUCUAGGCUGUUCAUGGAGUUUGACGUGCGAGUGUGGCCCCGGGUGGGUGGAUUCGGCCGGUACACCCGGCUCCUUGCCGCUGCCACAUGGCUGCCCAAUGUUGCCCUGGCGAUGGGCUUCUUCUCCGAGCUCAUGUACACUGCUGUCCCCAGCUACCAGUGCCAGGGAGUAUCCGGGGACCCCUGCCCUGGCAACAGCAGCUGGGAGAACUCGAGCAACCAGUCCCAGCACUGCCCUGGAGGCUGGCACUUCCAAGCUCAGGGCUGGCUGAACAGCAACAUUGUAACCCAGUGGGAACUGCUUUGUGACAGACAGUGGAAGGUGCCACUGGAAAAGAUCUCCUACCUGGUUGGCUGGCUUCUUGGAUACAUUAUCUUUGGGUGUAUCUGUGACAGAUUGGGCCGACGUGCUGCCUUCAUUGGGGCACUGGUGAUGGCGCUGCCCCUCGGAGUAGCUGUAACCUUCACUUCCAGUUACUUCAGCUUCUUGCCCCUCAGGGCAGGAUUUGGGGCAGCUCUUGCUGGCAUGUUCCUAUCCUUCUACAUUUCAAGGGUAGAACUGUGCAGUCCUAGUCAGCGCCUGAUGGUGACAAUGAUUGGUGGCUUCUUUUGGGUGGCUGGAGAGCUGCUGUUACCAGGUAUGGCGGUUUUGUGCUCAGACUGGAGGGUUCUACAAGGCUCCAUCACUGGGACAUUGAUGCUGCUUGGAGUUUACUGGUGUGGACACACACUCUAUCCAGAAUCACCCCGCUGGCUCCUUGCCACUCAGCAGGUGGAACAAUGCAAGUCUGAACUUCAUAUGUUUGCAAGGGCCAAUGGGAUAAACAUAGGCGAAGAUGCCUCUGGUCAGGACCAUGUUUUUACAGAGAUUGACUCUUUGUGUGAAGGCUUUCCUCGUCCGCAGUAUUACAGCAUUUGCAGCAUAUUUGGGACACGUUUAAUCUGGAGAAAUGCACUGAUCCUUGGCUUUACAGCGUUUAUUGGGUGUGGUAUCAGGCCAUGCUUUGCUCGGAACCUACAGGUUUUUGGUCCCUACAUUCCAUAUUUUCUACAGGCUGGAAGUGAGAUUGUCGCAUGCAUAUUGAUUUGCAUCUGUGUGAGCCACUGUGGGCGGCGAUCUGUUCUCCUACUUUUUACCAUCCUGACUGGGUUUUGCUCCCUGCUCCUUCUUGCUCUCACGCAAUUAGAUCUUUUUAUUGAAGCUUCCAUUGUGAUAUCAGUGGUGGGCUCCCUAUGUUCCCAUGCUGUGGUGAUGCUGAGUGUUUUUUAUGCUUGCGAGGUGCUUCCAACUGUUAUUAGGGGUUCAGGCUUGGGUUUGAUCAUGGGAAUAAAUAUGUUGGGCCGUGCUUCCCUUCCAUUCAUUGAACUUCAACACAAGUCAGGGUACUUCCUGUACCAUGUUGUUCUGUCGUCCUUCUGUAUUCUCUCAGUGCUCAGUCUCCUCCUAUUGCCAGAGACCAAGAGAAAGAGCCUUCCCGAAACUUUAAGACAUGGUGAGAACCUGCGCCGACCUCCUUUGCUCCUCCAUCCUACUCAAGAUACUUUGCCACUUCUUAAACAUGGCAAAAAACGUGCUGACUACAACCCUGAUAGCUAUGCCCGACUGGCAAGCUCCACCAAGAAAAUGAUCAGGAGUGACACGACAGGUUCCACAUGUGGAGAGGAAAACAAAGCUUUGAGCAGUGACUGAACAAUAGAACCGGCAAUGAGCCUAAGCCAGGCACUAUGCACUAAAGACUGUAAAGCAGCUGAAUGUAGUGAAGAAAGUGAUGCUGCCCAUAAGACCAAUAGGGAGCAAAUAAUCCAAACAUGGUGUCCUAUUAGCACAGGGGUUAUUCUUUUUCAAAGCCAUCAGAGAAAACAAGGAUUUCAAAAAGAAGAUAUUUUUCAGCAAUAAAAACCUUUAUUAUAAGUAUAAAACUUUAGAUUAUGAUGGAGUGCUAAGCACUUUACAUUCUACCACCAACGCUUGGGUACCAAUCAGCUAGGAAGAUGACUAGCUCACCCUGUCCAUAUUUGUGCCUAUGUCUGUGCCGUAACACUUCUCCCUCACUAACUGAUCCAUACUGGGACCUUCCAUACUUCUCCCACUCUCUGUCUCCUUCCUGCUCUUCCAGAAAUUUGCUUUACAUCAUUUGUAAUUUGGAGCUUAAAUCGCUUCCUUCUCCAUUUGUUUUGCACCGAGGCAUCUUUGUCUCAUUCUCACAUCCUAAUUUUAUCCAAUCUGUGUAAUUUUUAACAUUCUGCUCAUUUUAACACUCAAUGCCAUAGCACAGACCAUAAGGCAUGACUAGAUAUAGUUCGCAUUUCCAAGGAAUACUAAGAGUUGGACCAAAGAAAUUGCGGACAAUCAGUGGUGACAUAUAUCCAACUUACUGACAGAUAAUUACAGACCUGAUUGGUUACACCAAAUUUGUGUGACUAGAGUAAGCAAGGAAGACUUACAUUGGCAAGGGCCAUUAAAAGUUUGGACAAUCCCUUCUAUAAUGCCUUUGGCACAGGCAGGAGUAUCCUUUGGUGGACUAAGUCAAUCCUUUUUUAAUGCAAUGUGAUCACAUGUGAUGUGGUUUAGAUUAGGAGGGGUUUAUAGUGCUGCUGUAAAUUGGGUUUCUAAAAGUAAACAGUUUGGUCCCUGUUUUUUGGACCAUAAACUUCUA